AUGUCCAUUUUAAGUCCAUUGGUCAAGGCGGCUGAGGCCGUCAAUAAGCUUAAUGCAAAUUACACUUCCAUCAGUUAUGAGGAAUUGAAAGCUAUGACGUUCAUGCAGCGUGUACGCGCAUACAAUUGGACAUUCGAACUGGGCGCGGUGGCGGUUCUGGGAUUGGUGCUCGUUUUCUAUUUAGUGGGUACUAAACUAAAUACUUCUCGUGCUGAAAAACUAUUCGACUCCGUCAGCCAAUGUUUCCACGAUCUGGCUUUUGCACGCGUUGGAUUCUCGACAAAGUCGGGGGACAAGAAGAAGUACAUCAGUGAACAUAACAAUACUUGGUUCACGACCUUCACUACUGGGCGUUCCACCAUCAAGUAUAUUACCGUGCGUUCUCACAUGUAUGCUCGUUUCAAUCCCAUGGCCAUGAUCACAGAAAGAGUCCUUGGAGUUUUCUUCCCAAGCUUAAUCGAACGAGACUUACAAGAAUACGUCGAGGUGGUUGUAGCUCCCAACGGAAUCUAUGUGCCAAACGAAUUGGCAGAAGUACCAGCCAAUGCUAAUGAAGCUUUGUCCAAAUUCAAGUUCAUUGCGUCCAUUGUUAAUAAGGGAGACAUGGGCAAGGCUCGCGAGCAGAACUACUUUUUAUCUUUGACGCAUACUGCCGAGAGUGAGAACCUUCCACUCCAAUACGUGUUCAUGUCGGAAAACAAUCAAUUGAAUGGCUUUUUUUCCCGUUACGGUGGUGCUGAGUUUAGAACACUCUUGGAAAAAUGUGCCAAUAUUUUGAGCUAUAUUAGCUUCACAGACCUACCCGACGAGAAGCCAAUUACUGACAAGUUAUGGAACGAAAAUCAAGAACCUCGCUGUGUGAUCAGGUGCAAGCUAUCUACUAAUUCUCGUGACUUGACUAAUUUGAAUGAAUUGAUCAAGUCCGUGGUAGGGAUCUAUGAUUCUGUUACCCAAGAAUUCUUAGAAACCCCCGCUAGUGCUUUCAUCACAAACGAUAUGUUGAAGAAGUCGUACAAUCUACGUACUCAAGAAUUGCAGAAGAUCCAAAAGGUAAUGAAGCAGGUGGAAAGAGAGUUAGCCAUGGAAAAGAAGCAGAAGCUCGAGAAAGAAAAGAGACGUGAAUUGAGAAAUAAGCUAAGCGGUGAAGAACAAGACAAGCUGGACAGAAAGAUGAAGGAGAAAAGAGAGAGACGUAUGAGAAACAGACAAAAGACUAGAAUGUAG